AUGGCUAGUGGGAUAGUCAUCUCGUUGCUAGUGUUCGCGAUAAUCAUGAUCGUUUCGUGCGUCUGUGCUCGUCGGCGACGUCGGGAGAAGAUUCGGGAGAGGAAAGCAUUCAUAUCCGAGCUACGGGGUGCUGUGGCCCCGCCGAUAUUGCCCUUCAACGGUGCCGGUGCCCCCAAUCACUUGCAAACCUGGGAUAAGGCCGACAACCCCACCAUAGAGAAAUUCUUCAUCGAGCUGGCCCAGGAGAACCCGCUCCGCUUCACAGCCCGACAGCUCUGUGCCUUCACCAACAACUACACCACGGUCCUUGGCUCGGGGGGCUUCGGCCGGGUGUACAAGGGCGAGUUUCCCAACGGCGCCAAGAUUGCGGUCAAGGUUCUCAACAGAUCAGGCCCCACAUACAAGAGCGUCGAGGAGCAGUUCAUGGCCGAAACCGGCGCCAUCACGAGGACCCGCCACGCGAACCUCGUCCGCCUCUACGGCUUCUGCUACGACCAAUUCAUGAGCGCCCUCGUCUACGAGUUCAUGGAGAACGGAUCUCUGGACAGGCACCUGUUUGUUCCGAGCCCCGACCAGCAGCUGCCAUGGGAGAAGCUUCACGAGAUCGCCGUGGGGACCGCCAGGGGGAUCGCGUACCUGCACGAGGAGUGCGGGCGGAGGAUCAUCCACUACGACAUCAAGCCCGGAAACGUGCUCCUCGACAGGGACUUCACACCCAAGGUAGCCGAUUUUGGGCUCGCCAAGCAAUGCGACAGAGACGACACGCACGUGAGCAACACGGGCUACAGAGGGACCCCCGGGUACCUAGCGCCCGAGUUCCUGCGCCUCAACUUUCCCAUAAGCUACAAGUGCGAUGUGUACAGCUUCGGGAUCCUCCUGUUUGAAAUCGUGGGGAGGCGGAGGAACGUGAGGCCCAGCAGGCAGAGCUCGGAGGACAGCCUUGAUUGGUUUCCGAAGCAAGUGUGGGAGGAGUUUGAGAGGGGAGAUCUGAUGGGGUUGGUAGAGGCGUGUGGGACAAUGGAGGAGAAUGAUAGGGUUGAUGCCGAGAGGAUGGCUCGGGUGGCACUCUGGUGUGUGCAGGAGUCACCCGAGUUGAGGCCAACGAUGAGUGUGGUGGUGAAAAUGUUGGAAGGAGAGGUUGAGAUAAUGCUGCCACCUAAUCCGUUUAACUACUGGUUUUCAAAAGGGCCCAAUAAUGUGCUAGGACCACCGAGUCAUCUCCAGAGUGGUUCGAGUUAUACGACUAGUGAGGGUGCCAAUUCGUAUUGGUAUAAGCAGACUACUCCAACUAUGGCCGAGUAUGAGAUUGCUGUGGCUUCUCAUCAGUAA